AUGGCGGAAUGCUUAGUACGAAGGGUGCUAAUUGAUCCAGGGAGCAGUGCAAAUGUCAUGCCAAAGGUCGCCUUCGAUCGGCUAGAAAUCAAGCCAAAAGUGCUUAAAUGUACUGAGAAUCCAUUGUUGGGAUUCGAUGGAAAGCGAGUCAAACCGAUCGGCACAAUAGAAUUGCUCGUUCGAGCUGCUGAGAAGGAGCUUGUCGAAAGCUUUGUGGUGGUGGAGAUCCAUCCAUCCUACAAUCUGCUGAUAGGGAGAGGAUGGAUUCAUAGAGUUCAAGGAGUCCCAUCGACCCUGCACCAAGUGAUGAGAUGUCUGAGUCCGGAUGGAAAUAAGGUGAUUAAUAUCAAUGGGGACCAAGUUGCAGCAAAGGAAUGUUACUCGGUGACUCUGAAGGCCGCAGGGAAGGGAAAAGCUCCGAUCCAAUCUGAUAGCCCACAAUAG